AUGGCGGAGGAUCAUUCCAUGAAACUGCUAAUGAUGGUUCUAGUAAUAUCAAACAAUUCUUCCUCUCAAGUAAUCACCAGUCUUCCGGUGUUCUCUGUCCUUAAAAAACCAGUUGAAUACCUUUUCUUCUCAGGAACAAGUGCAAAUUCAAAGACCGAAAAGUCACGUUCGAAUUCGAGCAUCAACAAGCAACCAUUGAUAGAAGAGAUCAUGAUUCCAUCAGUGAGGGAACUUGUCAAUGCCGGCAUUAGCUUUUCUGCAACAAAAGGCGAUGUGAUGACGAUUCAAUUCGAUAUGAAGACAGUCACCUUAUACCUUCCUACUGUUAAAUUGGACAGCAACACUGAAGUUGUACUAAGGAACUUGGUUGCCUAUGAAACAUCAAUAGCAUCAGGACCUUUAGUUUUUACUCGAUACACCGAGUUAAUGAAUGGAAUUAUCGAUACUGAUGAGGAUGUAAAGCUUCUAAGAGAACAAGGGAUUAUCUUGAACAAAAUGAAUAGCGAUGGUGAGGUUGCUAAGCUGUGGAAUUCAAUGAGUAGUUCAGUUAGGCUUACAAGAGUGCCAUUUCUUGAUAAGGUGAUAGAAGAUGUGAACAAGUAUUAUAACGGUAGAUGGAGAGUAAAGACUAUAAAGUUCAUGAAGAAUUAUGUGUUUGGUUCAUGGCAGUUCCUCACAUUUCUAGCAGCUAUUCUGUUGCUUUUGCUGACCAGUUUGCAAGCAUUUUGUUCAGUUUAUAGUUGUGCUCGCUGGAUCAAUGCAACAAUCAUUGGGCAAUGA